CUAAGGAAGAGGCCCUGAAUUAGGAAACUGGGUACUAGGAGAAGCCAUCAUGCGCACCUCUGCUGAAGCCAGGAUGGGCAUGAGGGUGGCGCUGACAGGCUUGGCGGUCCUGAUGCUGCUCCAGAGCUGCUCUGCGUACAAGCUGGUCUGCUACUACACCAGCUGGUCCCAGUACCGGGAAGGCAAUGGGAGCUGCUUCCCAGACAGCAUCCACCAUUCCCUGUGUACCCACAUCAUCUACAGCUUUGCCAACAUCAGCAACAACCAGAUUGGCACAUGGGAGUGGAAUGAUGUGUCACUCUAUGGCAUGCUCAAUGCACUGAAGACCAGAAACCCCAACCUGAAGACCCUCCUGUCUGUUGGAGGAUGGAGCUUUGGCUCAGAGAGAUUUUCCAGGAUUGUCUCCAACCCUCAGAGUCGCAAGACUUUCAUCCAGUCGGUAGCCCCAUUCCUGCGGACCUAUGGUUUUGAUGGGCUGGAUCUCGCCUGGCUCUACCCUGGCCCAAGAGACAAACAGUAUUUCUCUACCCUGAUCAAGGAACUGAAGGCGGAAUUCACAAAGGAAGUCCAGCCAGGCACGGAGAAACUCCUCCUCAGUGCAGCUGUGUCAGCAGGAAAGGUGGCCCUUGACAGUGGCUAUGACAUCGCCCAGAUAGCCCAACACCUGGAUUUUAUCAAUCUCAUGACCUACGAUUUCCAUGGAGUGUGGCGCCAAGCCACAGGACAUCACAGCCCCCUCUUCCGAGGCCAGGAGGACACUAGGUCUGACAGAUUCAGCAAUGUGGACUAUGCCGUGGGGUACAUACUGAGGCUGGGAGCCCCGGCCAGCAAGCUAGUGAUGGGCAUUCCUACCUUUGGGAAGAGCUUCACUCUGGCAUCUUCUGAGAAUCGAGUGGGUGCUCCAAUCUCAGGGCCAGGAUUACCAGGCCGGUUCACCAAGGAGAAAGGGACACUCGCCUACUAUGAGAUAUGCGACUUCCUCAGAGGAGCUGAAAUACAAAGAAUCCCGGGCCAGCAGGUUCCCUUUGCUACCAAGGGCAACCAGUGGGUGGGGUAUGAUGACCCGGAGAGCGUCAAAAACAAGGUUAAGUACUUGAAGAACAAGCAUCUGGCAGGAGCCAUGGUGUGGGCACUGGACUUGGAUGAUUUCCGGGGCUCCUUCUGUCCACAGAAAGUGCGCUUCCCGCUCACCAACGCCAUCAAGGAUGCCCUGGCUUAGCUCCCCCUUUCCCACGUGAUAUCCCCACCCUCUAGCCAGGAGUUUGAUCACUUGCAAUGCUAAGUCCCCCAACUGGGAUUCAGUUUCCCUCCCUUGGAACCUGUGUAGGGGGCCACAGCAGGCGGGAUUGUGAGAGUCACAGUGUGAGGUACACGCUCGGGACAACCCUGUUAACGAAUGCAAAUUCUCAGACUCUUAACUCCCUUUCCCCAGCUCGCCUGACCAAAGGACACCAUUUUGGCAAAGUUAUAGCAUCAAGUAGGCAAACAUCUUACAGGAUUCAGGGACCAUACUAAUUAUACCCUCUGUAAAGCCCAACUUGAAACCUUCCCUGAGGAACUUAAUCGUCUCUCUGUCCCACUUCCCUUUCCCUAAUUCCACAGCUGCUCAAUAAAGCGCCAGAGCUUAACAGUG